AGGGUUUACGUUCACGUCUCAGUGGCGCCGCUGGUGACGUCUAGCGUAGCAGAUCUACAAACGGAAAUGAGCGACGACUGUGUGGAAGGUGUCGCUAGCUGUGGUAAGGACGCCAUCUCUUCAAAGUUUUUUCCUAAGGCGAUGGCAGCGUCAUCUUCGUCCUCUUCGGCGGGAGGUGUGAGCGGCAGCUCGGUGACUGGCUCUGGAUUCAGUGCUUCAGAGCUCAUCCCCCCAAGGAAAGUCCUUUACACGUAUCCCAAAGGCGCAGGUGAAAUGAUGGAAGACGGCUCUGACAGAUUUUUAUGCGAGUCUGUAUUCAGCUACCAAGUUGCCUCAACACUGAAACAGGUUAAACAUGAUCAACAAGUGUCUCGAAUGGAGAAACUUGCAAGCUUGGUGGAGGAGCUGGAAGCAGAUGAGUGGCGGUACAAACCAAUUGAACAGCUACUGGGAUUUACACCAUCUUAAAUAAAGAGAUCCAGAUGCCUUUGGUUAAUAAAUAAGCCAAAUUUAAGGAAAAGGGAAGGAGAUUGUUUAUUUCAGUUCAUAAAUGAUAGUCCCCUGUAUGGUUUUAUUCUAUAUCUUAAAUGUGAAAUGUUAUUUGGAGAUACUAAAUGUGAGAUGUAUUAUUUUAUCACUUUCACUGUUGUAUGAGUAUGGUUUGUUUUUAAAAAACUUGUUACAUUUGACCCAGCAUACUAAAAUAAACCCUUGUCAACAAAUAUCUUCUUAUCAUAUACUAAUGCCUAAACAAUUCAAAGUUUUGUAAUAGAUUGUUACUAGAUUUUUUUUCAACUGUUUUAAGCUAAUAAAGUGUUGCCAGUCCAAUCUGCUCUUAGCAUCAGACAAAGAAUAUCUUUGGUAACGUAAUAGUCCCCUGAAGUGAGGCAUUGUGUUGCUGCAUGUGGCUGCAUUUUAACUCAUAAAUCUGGAAAUCUGGUGCCUGUUCAGUCUAUCUUCCUCUCUCUGCGGGUCCUCAUCGCUGCUACAAAGAACUUGUAAAUAAAGUCCUACUUCGACAUU